GCUGCUGAAGCCCUGUCAGUAAAAUUCUUAUCCCCUUUGAACAAUGCGUCAUAACAUGUGCGUGACCUCUGCUGAAUUGUGAACAUCGGUAUACAAGAUAAGACCAGCAAGGACAACCCGAAAAGGUACCCGAGGUUUGCAUCGAUAAAUUAAAAGAAAGAAGAGCGAUAUCCAAGCCGCCACAACUAUAACGGCAGAAUGAAGAUGGUUGCGCACAAGGCCAUUAUAAUGGUCAUACUGUCUGCUUUUGUUAUAAGUGCUGUGAUACUUUACGAACAAAUGAGCGAUCAACAACUGCAAAUGCCACGAUUGUCUCCAUUAUUUCAACUAGAAGCCUCUAAAACACACGAUAAUUGCUUAUCUACCAACCAAUGUCAAGGGACCAAACGUGGUCUUCCAUCCCAGUUUUACAAAACGUGGAGGGACAAUACACCUUUUGCAUCCAACGACAAAAUACAUAUCAAAAAGAUUGUACUUUGGACGACAAUUUUUGGUAAAAAUCUUUUGGAGAGAAUGUCUUGCAAGUCAACGAAAACAUGUAUAUUUACUGACGACCGGAGCCAGGUGGAAUCAGCCGAUGCCGUCGUGUUCCAUUUUUGGGAUACACCGAUGGUGUACAAUAAAUCAUUCAUGCCAAGUGUCCGCCCCCCUCAUCAAUUCUGGGUAUGGUAUGCUAAAGAAUGUCCAGAGAACAACCGAUACGUGGACCUUGCCUCCUACAGUGGUAUUUACAACUGGACUAUGACAUACAGGAAUGACUCUGACGUCAAAAUCCCACUGGGAUCUCUUGAUCGACUAUACAAACAACUUCAGCGUACGACCCUAAAGCGGAACUCGACAGGGAAAACGGGACUUGUUACUUGGUUUGUUAGCAAAUGCUACAAGUACUUCCCAAGACAUAUCUAUGCUAUUGAACUUGCUAAGCACCUUACGAUAGAUGUAUAUGGCAAGUGUGGGAAACAAGUUUGUGAGUAUCUUGAUAUGCAAUGCAGGUUUGAUGUUAUCCAACAGUACAAAUUCUACCUAGCCUUUGAAAGUUAUAGGUGUAAAGAAUACAUAACGGAAAAGUUCUGGCAUAACGCCUUAGAUCAAGGAGUUGUACCAAUUGUCCUAGGCGCACCGAAAACUGAUUAUGAGAAAUUCGCCCCGCCAAAUAGUUUUAUUCAUGUCGAAGACUUUGAAUCACCAGAAGCAUUAGCCCGGUACAUAAAACUUCUUGAUAAAGACGAUGACAAAUACAGCCAGUACUUAAAAUGGCGAACCAAUCCUCCCAAAAACAUUCCGCAGAUUAUAACGGGAGGGUGUGGCAUUUGUGCAAGGCUACACGAAGUCGACCAUACGGAGAGAAAGGUUUAUACAGAUCUGGAAAAAUGGUGGAAAGGUGAAAAUUAUGAAUUCUGUAAGCCUCUUGUAUUGACAGAUAAUAUAUGGAACAAAAAGGAUUUCGUGUAUUACGGAUAGUCAUUGGCUUCCAAAUUUCGAGAGUGAUUUUGGGAUAAAUACGUACAUCUAGAAAAUUAAAGAUGCAGGAAAUUCAAACCAAAAGACACCGAAGAAAAAUAAAUCAAAUGAUGUUAAGUUUAUUCAGUGUUACCCACAUUUCUUGUCAUGUAAAUAAAAACAGUGCAUUGAUUAUCGUAAUAUUUGAGAAAACAUUUUGCAUUGAUUAACAAAAUAGAAAUUAGCGUUAUUAAAGUAAUACUUUCGAAACGCACAAAAGUUAGAUGAAACUGCCGAGAAAUUAUUAGGUUUGUAGUCAAUUCGUUUCUGGGUGUAUAUACGCCUAUAUUAACUUUAUAUCUUGUAAUAUUCCAUCCUAUUUUCAUAUGUCAAAAGGAUUCUUUGGUAACUUUUGACUGAUUUGAGUUGGCCGUACACUGCAACUAUGUCAGACUCUUUUGAGCUAAGACGGCCCAGUCACGCUCGAUUUGUGUCGGGCACGUGUUCCCUUGUUCAGCGGAAUUCGAACACGUGUUCCAUAAUGUUCCAUUACGUUAUUCGAACCGAACGCGCGUUCAAACCAGUGGUUAUUUGCAACUUUUCAACGUAAACAGGCACCGUAAGGACCAUUUAUCCUUGGUGGGUGUCUGUGCGGUCAAGUUAUGACAUUUACGGCUUAAGUCCCAGCUCAAAAUAAGAGUAUUGAUCUUUUUUGUACUCAAGAAUUACCUAUUAUCCCUUUGUUAUCAAAAUUGUCCGUGGCUAUUUUGUUUAAUCAUUUUAUGUUUUUGACUAUGGUGCAUU